UUAAAAAAAAAACGUUAAAAAAUAACCACAGAUUUGCACAGAAUCACCAAGUCAAUCAUUUAUUAGUUAUUACUCAUUACUUCAUUAGUCAUUUGAGCAUUAGAUUAUAAUAAUUUCURUUAUUUCUAUGAAGUAUGAACCAUCGCCACGCAUCCUGGUGUAUUAAGAUUUAAUAAUUAAUUAUCUUUUAAUAUAUAGUUGUAGAACAACAUAUCUGUUUGGAAUAAUUAUUUUUGUUAUUUAUGCAUUCAUAUGUCAACACUUUCAAUUUUCAUACUGAUCAACUAUUUAUAAMAUAUUGAGUUUAAAUUAAACUUGGAAUACCUAAUCGUAAUUGUUCUGUGGCAAAAUGGAAGCAAGAAUAAGUCAUCAUAUUCAAGGUAUAUCUAUGCUAAGCAGAAAAACUAUUCCUCCAACAUUGAAUAAACAUCUAACAAAUAAAAUAUUUAAUAAACCAAACAAAGAAGCCAUGGAACAGGUGUUAUAUUAUCUGCUUCCAUUAACAGAACCGAAUUGCUUAAAAACUGUACCUUGGCCAAUAACUAAUUUUAAAGAAGCUGCUGAAUUCCGAAAUACAGCUACAGUCCUUAUUAAUGGUUUGGAUGGGUUUGUUUAUGAAAAAUCUUCUAAUGUUGUUUCAAAAGUUAAUUCAUCAUUAUUAGCAAAUCCUGGUGGCCCUGUCUUUAUUUUUUUUAUGUAUCAAUUUUGUUUAUACAUAAAGUGUUGUGAAUUUAAGAAAAAGGGAAUUGUUUUUUUAAAUGCACCACUUUAUAUUGAAGACAAGUUUAUUGACAAAAAAAUAUCAAUGUUUAAUGGAAUAUCAAAUAGUAAUUUUAAUGAAGUAAAUGAAAUAAUUUCUCGAGUUGGUUGUAUUCUUAAAAAUACUACAGAUAUAGCUGUAAAAUAUAAAGAAAUCAUUCAAGAUAGCAAGCAACGUAUUAAAGAUUUUAAAUCUGAAUUACUUAAUAUUGAACAUUGUGAAGCAACUGCAAAUGAAGUCUCGGAAUUAAAACAAAAAUGUAUUAAUUUGUAUACUAACUUUCAACAACAUAAAUUAAUUGCUUUGAAGUGUGCUAUAUUAACUGAUAUUAUAUUAAAAACGCAAGAAACUUUAGAUGCCAAUAUAGUACAUUUAACUUUUGAUAUAAAUCAAGAAGAAUUAAUGGACAGUUAUGGAAAAGUAGAUUUGGUUAUAUUUCUUAAGACCAUAAAAAAUACUUUAAARAGUUAUAUAAAUUGGUGUGAACAGCUAAAUGAUGAUGGAAAAUUGAAUAUUAUGGUUAAAGAAUCACAACAAUCAGUUAUUGAGAUGACAGAUCAAAUUCUAUCUUAUGAGAAACAUAUUAAAGCCUUAAAUAAUAUAGUUGAUCAUUUAAAAAUUGAAAAUCAAGUAUUAUAUAAAGAAGUAUUUACUAGUAAAAGUCUUGUAAAUCUUGAUCCAAGAAUACAAUCAGUUUACAAAAUUAUUCCUCCAAUAAUUUUAAAAACAGAUUUUAGUGAUAAACCAAAAUUAAUGGCUUCAAAAGAAAGUAAUAAAUCAAGGCGAUCAAUUUUACUACACUCUAGUAGUCAACCAUAUAAGUAUCAAACAAUCAAUAUUGAUACCAUUAGAUGUGUAUACAAUGAAACAUUACCAAAACCAAUCAAAGAAGAUUAUAUACAAGAUGAAAUGGGGGAAGAAAAUAAUGAGCUGCGUGAGACAGAAGUUAAAAUAUUACAAAGUUAUGACAAUGAAAGCUUGCAAGAUAUUACAUGUGUCACUCUUGAAAAUCAAUCUAUAUUUACCACUGAUAUUGGGAUAAUGAACGAAACUGAACAUAAAAUUGGUCAAAUUAAAAAAGAUGAAAUUAAAAGUGUAUCUAUUUCACGAAAAUCGAUUGAGAACAUAAAGCAGAAAUUUAUCAGAAUUAAAAAAGAAGCAAUGAGUACAAUCCCUCACUCACCUCAGUCACCUUUAUAAAUGCAUUAAGUAUCAUAAGUUUUUGAUAUUACCGUUAAUAAUUAAAAAUAAUCAUAUUAAUUACUAUACUAAGUGCAUAAUAAUAUUUUAGUAUUGUAACAAGUACCUACAGAAACAUUUUUAAAAUAAAUAUAUCAAUAUUAACUAACCCAAGUAUUCAAGAUUAACAAAACUUAAUUAACCUACACACAA